AUGUCUUCCACACGCCAGUUCGACCCCAACUUCACCCCCUCUGUCAUCAAUGGCAUGGGCCCUAAUACCCCCGAGCGUGCUCGCGUUGUCUUGGGUUCUCUUAUCAAGCACAUCCAUGACUUUGCUCGUGAGGUUGAGUUGACCUCCGCUGAGUGGAUGCUCGGCGUUGAGUUUAUCAACUCUAUCGGCCAGAUCAGCACUCCUAUCCGUAACGAAGGCCACCGUAUCUGUGACGUGAUCGGCCUUGAGUCAUCGCCAACAAGAUCAUCACCGAGGACGGUCUCUCCCCCUACAUCCAACGUCAUUCUCGGCCCCUUCUGGUCUCCCAACGCCCCCUUCCGCGCUCUCGGCGACAGCAUCAUCCAGGAUCCCAAGCCUAAUGGCCGUGUCACUUUCAUGCACGGUGCCAUUACGGAUAUGGAGACCGGCAAGCCGAUUGCCGGCGCUGUCCUCGACAUCUGGCAAGCCUCGGCCAACGGCCAAUACGAUUUCCAGGACCCCACCCAGACCGAUAACAACCUGCGCGGCAAGUUCCGAUCAAACGAGAAGGGAGAAUUCAACUGGUACUGCUACCACCCCACUCCCUACUCCCUGCCCACCGACGGCCCCGCCGGUGUCCUCCUCAACCUCAUGGACCGUUCGCCCAUGCGUCCCGCCCACAUCCACCUCAUGAUUACCCACCCCGACUACGCCACCGUCAUCAACCAGAUCUACCCGAGCGACGACCCUCAUCUCGCCAUCGACUCCGUCUUCGCUGUCAAGGAUGAUCUCGUCGUAGACUUCAAGCCCAAGACCAACGACCCCAAGGCCUCCCUCGACUUGGAGUACAAUGUCCGGAUGGCGCUCAAGAAGCACCACCCCAACCCCAACUCCGCUCCCCCCGUGUCCUCUUUCGAGCGUCACGCCAAGGCGGCCAAAGAGGCACAGGGAAAGCUUUGA